AUGUCGUCGAGAAUCAGCAUUGCUCGCCCUCAGUCCAACUAUAGCGCCGACCCACACGGGCUCUCCAACUCCCGGCCCUCGUCUGGCUACAGGUCCGCCGACCCUGACGACCCGCUCGAGAAGCUCAAGGCGUUCAGCAAGACCAUCGAGGACAAUGUCGAAAUCUACUCCCAGCCUCUGAAACCCCAUUUGCCGGCAAUUGGUCGUUUCUUGAUCGUGGUGACCUUCCUGGAGGAUGCGCUGAGGAUCCUGACGCAGUGGGGCGACCAGAUCUGGUAUUUGCAAGCACAUCGCCAUUUCCCCUGGGGUAUCUCCCAUCUUUUCCUCAUGAUCAAUGUUAUUACCAUGCUUGUUGGUUCCGGCGCCGUCAUCACCAAGAAGCACACAGAAUACGCUGUCGGUGGACUCCUUGGCGUCGUUAUCAUCCAGGGCUUCGGUUACGGCCUCAUCUUCGACCUCAACUUCUUCCUACGCAACCUUAGCGUCAUUGGCGGUCUCUUCAUGGUCUUCAGUGACUCAAUGGUGUCAAGAAAGACCCUCUUUGCCGGCCUUCCCAGUAUCAGCGAAACCGACCGCAAGAAAUACUUCUUGCUCGCCGGUCGUGUUCUCCUUAUCUUCCUUUUCCUUGGUUUCAUCCUCCAAGGUCAAUGGAGCAUCAUGCGUGUCAUUGUCUCUAUCGUUGGCCUCGCCGCCUGUGUGAUGGUCGCAGUCGGUUUCAAGGCCAAGUGGUCCGCAGCUUUCCUCGUGCUUGUCCUCAGUGUCUUCAACGUCUUCGCCAACAACUGGUGGAGCGUGCACUCUGCCCACCCCCAACGCGAUUUCUUGAAGUACGAUUUCUUCCAGACCCUUUCCAUCGUUGGAGGGCUCAUCCUGUUGGUGAACAUGGGUCCUGGCGGUCUCUCUGUCGACGAGAAGAAGAAGACAUUCUAA